AGCCGCCGCAGCCGCCAUGGGCACGGUGCCGCAGCGCCUGCAGCGCUUCCUCGAUGGGCCCGGGCCGCUCGGUGACCUCCUGGGCCGCCUGGAGGCCCGCACCGGCGUCCGGCGGCUCUACCUGGCUACAGGCUCUGCGGCGUUCCUGGGGCUGUACCUCGUGUUUGGCUACGGCGCUUCACUGCUCUGCAACCUCAUUGGCUUCGCCUACCCUGCAUACGUCUCCAUCAAAGCCAUCGAGAGCUCCAGCAAGGAGGAUGACACCACGUGGCUGACGUACUGGGUGGUGUAUGGCGUCUUCAGUGUAGCUGAGUUCUUCUCUGACAUCUUCCUCUACUGGUUCCCCUUCUACUAUGCUGGGAAGUGCCUGUUCUUGCUGUGGUGCAUGGCCCCCGUGCCCUGGAACGGGUCGCAGGUGCUCUACCAGAACAUCAUCCGGCCCUGGUUCCUCAGGCAUCACCGCACCGUGGACAGUGUGCUGGGCAACCUCAGCACCAAAGCCCUGGACGCAGCCUCCAGUGUCACCAGAGAAGCCUCCGGAGCAGCCCUGACCCUGGCAGCGGAGAAGAGGCAAUGAGAGGCACCACGAGCCCGACCGAGCCCCGAGCCCCACGGCUGUUGCCCCCCACC